UGGGCUCCCUGGAGCUCACUCGAUUUCCUCCUUGCAGGUUCUUUUCCCCUUUGCAACAGCCCCUUUCUGAUUCCCACCCCGCCUUUCCUUCCCGCUGCUCCAAGACCCCAUUGCAGAAGGAGCUUUGUACGGAUCUGCUGAGCUGGGGGGGGGGGAUAAUACACGCUCAGGCAAAUGUGGGGAAGGAGGGGCAACAGUGCCACCCCCACCACCAGCCGCGCGGUUUAAUUCUUCUGCUUCUGUUUAGCCCUCGCCUGCACUGAGAUCAGCCCCAAGAGCGAGCGAGGCUCACGUUUUGUGUCUUUGCAGGAGACCGGGGCUGGGCACAGAACUGCAGCGCCGGAGAAAGUUUCCUGGGAGGGAGCCUCGCCGAGGGGAUCUUAUUUGCCCGCCGGGCUGCUGGUGAGGAAGCGGGCUGCGCCGCAGAGGUCCCCGCCCCCGCCCGCUUUGAUUCCUGCCCCUCUGCGCAGAGCUGGGCGUCGGGCUGGUGUCAAGUGAACUUGAAAAGCUGAUUUGCAGGCAAACCUGCCGCGGUGGGUUUCUUCUGCGGCGCUCGGAGAUGGAAGGGGGGGGGGUCUCGGCCACGGGGAAGUUUUUGCAGAGGGAUGAAUCCGGAUUCAACUUUGGGACCAUGCUGCUGAUUGGGCUCGUGUGAGCAGCUGCUGAGCUAAGGACACAGUCACUCCCUUUCCACGCGCUGGGCAUGUUUGUGCUGCUGGCCCCUCAAACCGCUUCGAGCCUUUUAAUCUAAUUCAACCGAAGCAGCCAGGAGCACCGGGAACGUUUGACACUGGGCUGAGUUGUGGAGUCUGCCCCCCACCCCAUCAGCAACCCCCCAAAAAAGGGCGGAAGGAGGAGGUUUUGCAGGGGGCUGCAGGGGUGCCCGGCUCCAGACUCGGCUUCGCCUCUAGCAAUGGAUAACCUGGAAGUGUGGCUCCGGGUCGCGCUCCUCUGUGCGGGAUUUGCCGUAUUGCCCCAGCAGCAGGCGGAAGGUGCUUGUGUCUACCAAGGCUCAUUGUUUGAGAACAACACAAUUUGGAAGCCAGAUUCAUGCCAGGAGUGCAGAUGCCAUAGUGACAUUGUCAUCUGUGAACCUGCCAUUUGCAGAAACCCUCGGUGUGACUUUCAGAAGGGGGAAGUGCUCUGGAUAGCCCCCAAUAUGUGCUGCCCUGAGUGCGCCUCAGGAACGGAAGGAUUUUGCCAGCAUGAAGGCCAAACCCAUGCGCAUGGAACGGAGUGGGCAAGCUCUGCAUGCACGGCGUGCUCCUGUGCCAAUGGGAAGGCUAGCUGCCCCCGCAAGUCCUGCCCACCCCUUUCUUGCGGCAGGGGGGAGCUGGAGUACGUCGCUCAAGGAGAGUGCUGUCCCAAAUGCGUGGGCACUGGUGAGUCCUGCUCCUUUGACGGCCAAAUGUUUCGGGAUGGCGAGGAGUGGCACCUCAGCCAGUGCUCCAAAUGUGUCUGCAGGAAUGGGGCAGCUCAAUGCUUCACAGCCGAAUGUCAGCCAGUGUUGUGCAGCCAGGAUGAAGCUAUGGUUGUGUCUCCUGGAAAAUGUUGCCCAGAGUGUGUUCCAAAACCCUGUUCCAUAUCUGGAAAAGUGUAUGAGCAUGGUGAGCAGUGGAAGAAAAAUUCCUGCACUACCUGUGUAUGUGACAGAGGGGAAGCAAAGUGUCUUAAACAGGACUGUUCCCCACGUACCUGUGAGAAGGAUCAGAACAAAGUGCAGCGUCCUGGGAAAUGUUGCGAGGAGUGCGUUUCUUCCAAAGGAAGCUGCUUCUACGAAGGCAACAUCAGGUAUCACAAUGAGAUAUGGAAUGGUACUCGCUGUGAAUUUUGCACGUGUGAUGGAGGACAAGUCACUUGUCAGAACGGAGAGUGUGCCAAAGUGGAGUGCGCCUUGGGUGAAGAAUUAAUUCAUUUGGAGGGGAAGUGCUGUCCUGAAUGUACUUCAAGGGGUAGUUACUGUGUGUACAAGGAACAUACCAAAGAUAUCUCACUCCCUGAUGUGAGUGGAGUAAAACACAUCAAGAACGGAGAGAAAUGGAAAGAAGACCUGUGCAAGGAAUGUGAAUGCCGGGACGCCGAAGUGAUCUGCUAUCGACGCUCUUGUCCGUCCUGCCCAUUGGGCAGCCUGGCAGUAAAGGUGGAGGGAGACUGCUGCUCGCAGUGCCAGUCAGUGCAAUGCCACUCAGACUGCUUGACCUGCUCUCGGUCCUUUGACCACUGUGAUGUCUGCCGCGAUGCAACCAAGUGGCUCCAGAAUGGACGCUGUGUGGGGAGCUGUGAUUCUGGAUUCUAUCGGGAUGCUGGGGUUUGCUUAGCCUGCAUGGAGAUGUGCUCCACCUGCACCAAUGGGUUUGAGUGUACCUCAUGUCAGGGAUCGCUGCUGAUGAAGUACGGGCAAUGUGUGACAUUGUGUGGGGAUGGAUUCUUCCAGGAUCACCUCCACUGUGCAGCUUGUCAUGAGUCCUGCUCUGCAUGCUGGGGGCCUGCAGAGAACAACUGCUUGGCCUGCAAGGACGGGUCUCACGUUUUAAAUGCCGGGCUCUGUGUGGCCAACUGUGGUCAUGGGUUUUAUGUGAAGAAUGGAAUCUGCAAUGCUUGUGACCAGUCCUGUGAAAUAUGUUAUUCAGACCAACCCAGAUGUUUAACCUGUGCUUCAGAUAAGGUGUCACACAGUGGGAAAUGCAUUUCAGAAUGCCCUGGUGGGUAUUACACAGACAACACUCGGAGAUGCAGAGCUUGUCACAAUUCUUGUGCCAGUUGUAUUGGACCAUUGGCUACCCAAUGCACUUCCUGUUCCCUUUCUCUGGGAUUGCACCAGGGCCAGUGUCUGCCUGCCUGCGGAGAAGGCUUUUAUCACGAUCACAAUGUCUGCAAAGGUUGCCAUCCAUCUUGCCGUGCCUGUGUGGGGCCAGAGAACUCUCACUGCACCCAGUGCAGGAAGCCAGAGGAGGUAUUGCAGCCUGGACAGCUCCUCGAGGGAGCACCGUAUGGCAUUUGCCUUUCUCAGUGCAAAGCCCGAUUCUACCUCGAGAACACCAGAGUGUGCAGAGAGUGCCACUCCUCAUGCUCAGCCUGUACGGGGAGAGCUCCCCACAACUGCACGGCCUGCUCCUCCCCCCGUGUCCUACAUGAUGGCCAGUGCUUAUCCGAGUGCCCGGAAGGAUUGUACAGCCAGAAUGCUCUUUGCCACUCCUGCCAUCCAUCCUGCAAAAAGUGCAAAGGUCCUUCAGACUCUGACUGCAUAACCUGCCAUCCCCAUGCAACCUUUGUGAGUGGCAAGUGCAGGACCAGCUGCAAGGAGGAGCAGUACCUGAACCUUGUGGGAUAUUGUGUUGACUGUCAUCCUUUGUGUCACCAGUGCGUGGCUGAUCUCCACGACACGGGCAGCGUCUGCUUGAAGUGUCAGAACGCCCGUCACUUGCUGCUGAGGGAUCGCUGUGUUCCUGACUGUCCCGUGGGAUCCUAUGCAGAAAGUGGAGUUUGUAAAAAGUGUCACCCCUCGUGCAAAACCUGCAAUGGCGGAGGUCCUUUCUCCUGCUCUUCCUGUGACUCCAGCCUCGUUUUGUCCCACACUGGCAUGUGUACCUCAGCCUGUUUCCUGGGAUACUACAGGGAUGAGAGCUGGACCUGCAAACCUUGCAGUGUCCACUGUUUGGGUUGUGAGUCGGCCAUGGGUUGUACAUCAUGCAGAGACUCAGCCAAGGUUCUGUUGUUUGGUGAAUGCCAGUAUGAAAGCUGCACUCAGCAGUAUUAUCUUGAUUUCUCCACCAAGACUUGCAGAGAGUGUGACUGGAGCUGUAAUGCUUGUAAAGGCCCCGCAAGGACUGACUGUCUGCAGUGCAUGGAUGGCUACAUUCUGCAGGAUGGGGCCUGUGUUGAACAGUGCCCAUUAGCUUUCUACAGGGAAUCAGACACAUGCCAACGAUGUGAUGACCAUUGCCUCCAGUGUCACCAUCCAAAUGAGUGCGCUCGUUGUGAAGCUCCCUUUUUCCUCUUGCAAACACACUGUGUCCUGGACUGUGGGAAGCGAUAUUAUGCAGACCGUGCAGAACAGAAAUGCACAGCUUGCCCCGUGGGAUGCUUGGAGUGUGACAAUGCCAGUGAGUGCCACCUCUGUGAUGCCACCAUGUUUCUGAAGAACAAGCUUUGUGUUUCUUACUGUGCUCAUGGUUUUUAUGGCAACACCAGGACCAGAGUGUGUGAAGCCAGUACAGAUAUGUCUGCUCCCCAGGUGAAUGGUUUACUCACAGUAGGGAUUGGUGGGGUAAAGCCACUAGACUUGUCCUUCAUGGAUGCACGUGACCUGGGUGACCAAGAUGGAGAGCUGCUGUUCCAUGUGGUCCGCUCUCCCACCAAUGGCAGGCUAGUGAUAAUGGAGAAUGGGAAAGAUGUGCAACUGGACAAAGGUGACCACUUCAGUUGGAAGGAUGUGAAGGAGAAGAGAGUCCGCUUUGUGCACAGCAAAGAGAAAUCCAGGAAAGGUCAGUUUUCCUUGAAGGUCAGCGACCAGCGGCUCUUCUCCCAGUUAGAGAUGAUCACCGUGCAAGCACUGUCGACACAGGCCCCCUACGUGCUAAGGAAUGAAGUCCUCUUUAUUAGCAGAGGGGAUACUGGAUCAAUAACAAACAUGUUGCUUGAUAUUCGAGACAAUGACAAUCCCCAGGAUGUAGCAGUGAUGGUUUUAGAUCCUCCACGUCAUGGCCAGCUGGUCAAAGCUCCAGGGGACACAGCUUCUGCAGCCCAAGUAUUCUAUCUGGAUGACCUGGCGAAUGGACUCCUACGGUACGCUCACGAUGGUUCUGACAGUCGGGAUGAUACGGUUCUUCUGCAAGUGAAUGAUGGGCACCACUUCCAGAAUAUCCUGUUCCACAUUAAGAUUUCUCCAAAGAGUGAUGGAGGCCCCCGGCUGGUCACUAACCCCCUGGUGUGGGUCCCAGAAGGAGGGAUGCUGCAGAUCACCAACAGAAUUUUGCAAGCAGAGAUGCCUGGUGCCAGUGAAUCUGAGAUAACCUACACGAUCAUCAAGGACCAGCCAAGAUACGGGGAGGUCGUUCUUCUGGGUCCAGUGCCAGCAGAUGGCCCAGCUGCCUCAUGGCAGCGUCUGCCUGAUGGAAGAGCUGCCACACCAACCACCUCUUUCACCCAGCAGGACAUUAACAAAGGCAUUGUGUGGUAUAGGCAGUCUGGAUCCCGCGCGGAGAGCGACUCUUUUUACUUCCAGGUAUCGAGUGCUGCUAUUCCACAAACCCACCUGGAGACCCACACAUUCAACAUUGCCAUUCUCCCACAGAUACCCAAAGCACCGCAGCUCUCACUUGGGUCCUCUCUCCAUAUGACUGCGCUGGAGGAUCGUGUGACCGUGAUUGAGCCGCAUCAUCUCUCCUUUGUAGACUCAGAGAGUCCGAGUGGGAAAAUCGUGUUCAACGUGACUCUACCUCUGCAGCCAAAUCAAGGAAUUGUGGAGCACAGAGACAGGCCCCUCUCCCCAGUCAAGUAUUUCACGCAAGCGGAUAUAAACCAUGGCAAGAUUGCUUACCGUCCACCCACUGCAGCUCCACAUGUCAGAGAGAUUAUGGCAUUCUCUUUUGCUGGUCUCCCGGAGUCGGUGAACUUCAGUUUCACAGUGUCCGACGGAGAACAUACCACCCCUGAACUGACGUUUACCAUUCACUUGCUCUCGACGAAUGAGCAGCCUCCGGUGUUCCACGUCACAGCUCCAUUUCUGGAGGUCAGCCAGGGUGGCAAGGCUACAAUUGGGAUACAACUGGCAGUAAGUGACGCAGACACAGCUCCUGAAGAUCUCUUCUUUGAGCUGGUGGGACCUCCUCACCAUGGGGUUCUGCUCAGGUAUAACGCUGGGGUCCACAAGCACAUGAAAGCAGGAGACACUUUCACGUAUGAGGAAGUCAGCCGAAAUGCUUUACAAUAUGUCCACGAUGGCUCAUCAGUAGCAGAGGACAGCAUGGAAAUCUCCGUAACUGACGGAGUUACCACUGCAACAACGGUGCUGAAAGUUGAAGUAUCCCCGAUGGAUAGCGAAGGUCCCCGGCUGGCCCCUGGCUGCUCGUUGACAGUCACGGUGGCUAGUAAAAGCUCUGUGACUCUCUCCCGAUCACACCUUGCUUACAUUGACAAUAAUUCUGCUGGCUCGAAAAUAAGAAUUCAGUUAAUUUCUCUGCCCAUGUAUGGCACCCUCAUGCGGACCACACCUGGGCAGCAUUCUGAAGAGCUUUCUGAGGUUUAUAAUUUCACCAUGGACGAUAUCAACAACCAGAGAAUCAGAUACUCAACUGAGUUUGAGACUGACAAUCAGCCAGUCACAGAUAUUUUCCACUUCAAUGUCUUCGAUGCUGACAAUAAUCGGCUCGACAGCCAGAUGUUUACCAUCACUAUCGCCUCUGUCCAGAACAAGCCUUCGAUCAUUGCUUUUGCUGACCUUAUCACUGUUGAUGAGGGAGGCAGUGUACCGCUGUCAGUUCACCAUCUCCUAGCCACUGACUAUGAUACAGCCAAAGACGACCUAAUGGUUACAAUAAUUACGCUACCAAUAUAUGGGUACAUUGAAAACACAAGGACAGGUGGGACUUUUGGCCCUGGGGGCUCUGCAGGCUCAGAUGCAUCGUUCUCCAUUCACGACGUGCUGGAGAACAGUAUUUACUACUUUCAGAGCGUCCAUGAAAGCAUCGAGCCAACUAAUGACUUCUUUGCAUUCUAUGUGAGCGAUGGCUUCAGCCGGUCCGAGACUCACAGCGUCAACAUCACCAUCCAGCGGCGGAAUGAUGAGCCCCCGAAGAUGACGCUGGUGCCUGUCAGAGUGCACGGCAGCUCAGGGGUGGUGAUCAGCAAUACCUCCCUAAGCCUGCAGGACUUGGACACUCCAGAUGAGCAGUUGGUCUUUGUAGUUACCAAAAAGCCUGACCAUGGUCACCUCCUCAGGAGACAGUCUUCCUCAGAGCCUCUGGAGAAUGGGCGUGUUCUGUCUCAGGGCUCCUCUUUCACCUAUCAGGAUGUCCUGGACCAACUGAUUGUUUACACGCGGGGGAGUUCCAGAACGCAGACAGAUGAGUUCCGAUUCUCUCUCACGGAUGGGCUGUACACUGAGAUGGGGAGAGUGGAGUUCUCUGUGGAGCUGCCAAAGAAUGAGCCACCCAGAUUAGCUGUGAACAGGGGCCUGCAGCUUUCAGCUGGCUCCGUAGCACACAUCACAGGUCAGCACUUAAAAGCUACAACUAUUGAUUCGGAUGACCUGAAGGUCAGAUAUGUCCUGAAGAAAGAUCCUAGUACUGGACAUCUGCAGAUGACUAAAAUUGAUAACUUGGUCCAGAUCUCUGUGAAGGGACCCAUCAAAAGUUUCACCCAAGCUGAUAUAAAUAAAGGACAAGUGGAAUAUAGUCAUGAGAAGGGGGAGCCUGGAGGGAGUUUUGCAUUCAACUUUGAUGUGAUCGAUGCAGAAGGCAACAAACUGGUCGACCAGUCAUUCUAUAUUAGUGUCUUAGAGGACAGACUCCCCCCAUCCAUCAUAGCGAACAAAGGGCUGGUCUUGGAUGAAAAUUCAGUGAAGAAGAUCACAACGCUGCAGCUCUCCGCCACCGACCAGGACAGCGAGCCUGCAGCGCUCCUGUACAGAAUCACCAAACAGCCGCAGUUGGGUCACCUGGAACAUGCUGCAUCACCAGGCACAAGGAUUAAAUCAUUCAGCCAGGCAGACCUGGCCUCGCGCAGCAUCCAGUACAUCCACACCAGUGAGGCGGAGAAGCAUGCUGAUGCGUUCACCUUCUCCGUCUCUGAUGGAGUGAAUGAGGUCAGUCAGACAUUUGACAUCGUCAUAAACCCAGUAGAUGACUCCUUGCCAGUGGUGCAGAGCCCUGGGAUGCGGGUGCAGGAAGGGGUGAGAAAAACCAUCACGGAGUUUGAGCUGAAAGCCACAGAUGCCGACACAGAGGCGGAAUCGGUCACAUUCACCAUCGUGCAGCCUCCUCAACACGGUCUGAUUGAACGCACCAGCAACGGGCAACACUAUCGCCAGACGACCACCUUCACUAUGGACGACAUCUACCAGAACCGGGUCUGCUACAGCCACGACGGCAGCAACUCCCUGAAGGAUCGCUUCACCUUCACGGUGUCCGAUGGGACCAAUCCCUUUUUCAUUGCGGAGGAUGGAGGGAAGGAGAUUGUGACAGCGGUGCCCCAGCGGUUCAAAGUGGACAUUCUCCCUGUGGAUGAUGGGACUCCCAGAAUUGUCACCAACUUGGGCCUGCAGUGGCUGGAGUACAUGGAUGGCAAGGCAACAAAUCUGAUCACCAAGAAGGAACUGUUGACUAUGGACCCUGACACAGAGGACAAACAGCUGAUCUAUGAGAUAACAACUGGACCCAAACAUGGUCACUUGGAGAGCAAGCUGAAACCAGGGACAGCUGUGACUACAUUUACACAAGAGGAUGUGAACCUGGGACUGAUUCGGUACGUGUUGCUGGAAGAGAAGAUUCAGGAAACCAUGGAUAGCUUUCAGUUUCUAGUGAAAGACAGCAAGCCCAACGUUGUCAGUGACAAUGUCUUCCAUAUCCAGUGGUCUCUCAUCAGUUUUAAAUACACCAGCUACAAUGUCAGUGAGAAGGCUGGCUCUGUCAGCGUAACGGUGAAGAGAAUCGGUAACCUCAAUCAAUAUGCCAUUGUCCUGUGCCGCACGGAGCAGGGAACUGCCACCUCCAGCAUCAGUUCAAAGCCAGGACAGCAGGACUACGUAGAGUAUGCAGGCCAGGUGCAGUUUGAUGAGUGGGAGGACACCAAGGCCUGCAUCAUUGCUAUCAAUGAUGAUGAUGUCUUUGAGAACACGGAGAGCUUCACUGUGGAGCUCAGCAUGCCAGCCUAUGCCCUGCUGGGGGAGAUCACCCAGGCCAAAGUCAUCAUCAACGACACAGAGGAUGAACCCACUCUGCAGUUUGACAGGAAGACUUACCAUGUCAAUGAGAGUGCUGGCUUUCUGUCUGCACCCAUUGAAAGGAAAGGGGAUGCCAGCAGCAUUGUAUCUGCUCUUUGCUACACCGUCUCCAAAUCUGCUAAAGGCAGCAGCCUUUACGCACUGGAGUUGGGGUCCGACUUUAAGUCAAGGGGAAUGUCGAAUGAGAACCGUGUUAUUUUGGGGCCCGGUGUCACCAUGUCAACCUGUGACAUCAAACUGAUCGAUGACAGCGAGUACGAGGAGGAGGAGGAGUUUGAAAUUGCCCUGGCGGAUGCCUCUAGCAAUGCGCGCAUAGGAAGCGUGGCUUCGGCCAAGGUGAUGAUCAGUGGCCCCAACGACGCCUCCACUGUGUUACUGGGAAACGCAACUUUUACUGUCAAUGAGGAUGCAGGCAUCAUUGACAUUCCAGUGAUCCGGCAUGGUACCGACCUCUCAACCCCCACCUCGGUAUGGUGUGCGACUCGGACUUCAGAUCCACCCUCAGCCAGUCCAGGAAUUGACUAUAUCCCCAGCUCCAAGAAAGUAGAGUUCAGGCCAGGCAGAACUGAGGAGUACUGCACCUUGACAAUCCUGGACGAUGCCCAGUACCCAGUGAUUGAAGGGCUGGAGACGUUUGUUGUAUACCUAAGCUCACCCCAUGGGGCUGAAUUGACCAAACCUUUCCAAGCUAUAGUGGCCAUUAAUGACACCUUCCAAGAUGUACCCAACAUGCAGUUUGGCAAGGACUUGUAUGCUGUGAAGGAGAAGGAGGGUGUCCUGCACAUUCCCAUCAUCCGCACCGGAGACCUGAGCUAUGAGUCCUCUGUCCGGUGCUACACCCGCAGCCAGACAGCAGCAGUCAUGGAGGACUUUGAGGAGAGGAGAAAUGCGGAGGAGUCUCGCAUCACUUUUUUGAAAGGGGAGAAGGUGAAGAACUGCACUGUCUAUAUCAAUGAUGACUCUGCAUUUGAACCAGAGGAGCAAUUCCGGAUCUAUCUUGGCAGUCCCCUUGGAAACCACUGGAGCGGAGCUAGAAUCGGAAAGAAUGACAUGGCCACCAUUACUGUCUCCAAUGAUGAAGAUGCCCCCACCAUUGAGUUUGAAGAGACUGCAUACCAAGUACGGGAGCCUCCAGGCCCUGAGGGCCUUGCUAUUCUAAACAUCAAGGUGCUCAGAAGAGGGGACCAGAACAGGACCUCAAAGGUCCGCUGCAGCACCCGUGAUGGCUCAGCCCAGUCCGGAGUCGAUUACUAUCCAAAGAGUCGAGUCCUCAAGUUCAGCCCUGGGGUGGACCACAUCAUAUUUAAGGUGGAGAUCCUGUCUAACGAAGACAGGGAGUGGCAUGAGUCCUUUUCUGUGGUGCUGGGUCCAGAUGAUCCAGUGGAAGCUGUUCUUGGGGAUAUCACCACUGCAGUAGUCACUAUUCUGGAUCAGGAAGCAGCAGGGAGCCUUAUUUUACCAGCACCUCCCAUUGUGGUCACCCUGGCAGACUAUGACCAUGUGGAGGAAGUAACCAAAGAGGGUGUAAAGAAAUCCCCUUCUCCAGGCUACCCACUGAUCUGUGUAACGCCUUGUGAUCCUCACUUCCCCAAGUACUUAUUCAUGAAGGAGCGCUGUGAUGAGGCCGGGAUCAACCAGUCUUCAGUACAGUUCAACUGGGAGGUGGCAACGCCCACUGAUGGGAAUGGGGCCAGAUCACCCUUUGAAACAAUUUCGGACAAUACGCCGUUCACUAGCAUCAACCACAUGGUGCUGGACAGCAUUUACUUCAGCCGGCGGUUCCAUGUGCGCUGUGUGGCAAAAGCCAUAGACAAGGCCGGGCACGUGGGGACCCCACUGAGAAGCAACAUAGUUACCAUAGGGACCGACAGUGCCAUUUGUCAUACUCCUGUGGUAGCUGGAACGGGCCGAGGAUUCCAGGCUCAGUCGUUCAUUGCCACUCUGAAGUAUCUGGAUGUCAAACACAAGGAACAUCCCAACAGAAUCCAUAUUUCAGUGCAAAUCCCCCACCAGGAUGGAAUGCUGCCUCUCAUCUCCACUAUGCCUCUGCACAACCUGCACUUCCUCUUAUCCGAGUCCAUCUACAGACACCAGCAUGUCUGCUCAAACCUGGUCACCAUCAGGGACCUGCAGGGCAUCUCGGAAGCGGGAUUCCUGGAUGAAGUGACGUAUGACAGCAUCAUUCUGGGUCCUGGAUAUGACCGUCCAUACCAGUUUGAUCCCACAGUGAGAGAACCAAAGACAAUCCAGCUCUACAAACACCUCAAUCUGAAGAGCUGUAUUUGGACUUUUGAUGCAUACUAUGACAUGACAGAAUUAAUCGAUGUCUGUGGGGGAUCUGUAACUGCUGACUUCCAGGUGCGAGAUUCUGCCCAGUCCUUCCUGACAGUCCAUGUCCCUCUCUAUGUGUCCUACAUUUAUGUGACCGCACCAAGAGGCUGGGCUUCUCUCGAACAUCACACAGAGAUGGAAUUUUCCUUCUUCUACGACACUGUUCUCUGGAGAACAGGGAUUCAGACAGACAGUGUUCUCUCCGCCAGGCUGCAGAUAAUAAGGAUCUAUAUCCGAGAGGAUGGCCGGCUGGUUAUUGAGUUCAAGACCCAUGCCAAAUUCAGAGGGCAUUUUGUGAUGGAACACCACACUCUGCCAGAUGUGAAGUCUUUUAUAAUGACUCCAGACCACCUAGGAGGGAUUGAGUUCGAUCUGCAGCUUUUGUGGAGUGCACAGACUUUUGACUCCCCCUAUCAGCUGUGGAGGGCAACCAGCUCCUAUAACAGGAAGGACUAUUCUGGAGAGUACACAAUCUACUUAAUCCCUUGUACUGUGCAGCCCACGCAGCCGUGGAUUGACCCAGGAGACAAGCCAUUGGCAUGUACUGCUCAUGCCCCAGAAAGAUUUUUGAUCCCAAUUGCUUUCCAGCAGACAAACCGCCCAGUUCCUGUUGUAUACUCUCUGAACACAGAGUUUCAGCUCUGUAACAAUGAGAAAGUAUUUUUGAUGGAUCCCACGAAAUCUGAAAUGUCUUUGGCAGAAAUGGAUUACAAAGGAGCUUUUUCAAAGGGUCAAAUCCUAUAUGGCCGUGUGCUUUGGAAUCCCGAACAAAAUCUAAAUGCUGCCUACAAACUGCAGCUGGAAAAAGUCUAUCUCUGUACUGGCAAGGAUGGUUAUGUGCCUUUCUUUGACCCUACUGGAACAAUCUAUAAUGAAGGGCCACAGUAUGGCUGUAUUCAACCCAACAAGUACCUAAAACACAGAUUUCUGCUACUGGACCGAAACCAACCUGAAGUUACUGAUAAGUACUUCCACGAUGUACCUUUUGAUGCCCACUUUGCCUCUGAAUUGUCCGAUUUCCACUUGGUGAGCAGCAUGCCAGGAGUGGAUGGAUUUACUAUGAAAGUGGAUGCUCUCUACAAGGUGGAAGCUGGACACCAGUGGUACCUUCAGGUGAUCUAUAUAAUUGGCCCAGAAACCAUUGCAGGGCCCCGUGUUCAACGGUCUCUCACUCAGCACCUGAAACGCAGCCGCAGGGACCUGGUGGACAACAACGGCAGACUGAUUCUGGAUGACUCCUUGAUCUAUGACAAUGAAGGCGACCAAGUCAAGAAUGGCACCAACAUGAAAUCGCUGAGCCUGGAGGUGCAGGAAGCAGUCACGGCUGCUUCCUUAUCACAAACAGGGGCGUCCAUAGGAAGUGCUUUUGCUGCCAUCAUGCUGCUGCUGCUCGUGCUCCUGUUAGUUUGCUUCAUAACUAGGAAAUGUCGAAAGCAGAAGAAGAAGAAGAAAAAGCCUGCCAAAGACAUCAUGGAGGAAUAUCCGCUCAACACCAAGAUAGAAGUACCCAAGAAAAAUAUAGAAAGGGCGGAGAAGAACAUAAACAGACAAUACUGCACUGUAAGGAAUAUCAAUAUAUUAAGUGACAAUGAGGGUGCCUACAAGGUCAAAGGUGCUAAGGUCAAACAAGUGAACUUAGAGGUCAAAGUUCACAACAAUUUACAUGAUGGAACAGAAGUUUGAGAGUGCACAUUUUUUUUUGUAAAAGCUUUUUAUAAAUUGUAAAAGAAAAAAAUUAAAAAUUUACUGGUAUUUUUAUAGUCUUGUGGAAAAGGGAAGAAUAUAGCUUUGAGUGGUGGACAGCAAUGCAUCCUCCCAUGCUUCAACUCACAACUGAGCUACCUCAUUCAAAGCAGGACUGUGUGACACACCCAGGGCAGAAAACAUUGAAACUUUCAUGUGGUAUCUCUACCAACACUCAGUUCUGUUUUACGCUACACCACUUUCAUAACAGCAUUCCUGGCAGCCGAAUAUUUACGUAAGCUCUACAGUGAUUCUAACAAGAACAGUUCAUUGUAAUGGGGUUUAAUAAUGCUGUAAGAUGAACAGGGCAGUGCAGUAUCCUUAGAUCAGAUGCACAGUGUUUCGCAAAGAUCCUUGUAAGAGCUGGAAUCUAUUCAAUUCCACUCUAUACUGCUUUCCUUUGCUCUUCCUUUUUGCUGGAAGAUGUCACGCAGAACAUGACUGUUUUGGUCAAGCAUACAGGCACACACAGCCAUUUCUGAAACUAAUGCCAGUAUCUUCUCAAUGGAUGAUCUGCAUGGGAGUGAAAUGCUCUUUGAGAAAAUCACCGCAUGCAGAGGGCCCACACAUAGCAGCGGGUAUCACUUAAGCCCCAUGUUAAAGGGAAAUUAAGUUGUGCCCAGGACCUUCUGCACUGGAGUGAUUGUCACUCUCAAAUGAGUGUGAAUCUUCCAUUGUUCUCCAUCCUGAAGAUUUAGGGUGAAAUCCUGGCCCCCUUGAAGUCAAUGGCAAAACUCCCAUUGACUUCACUCUGACUCUUUGAACUACCAAUCCCAUCACCUGUCCUUCCAACUCAGUGAAGUCUGGAACCCAAAAUCAUCUCUGUUUGGUCUCCCAGUCAGUAGCAGCAGCAGCAACAUAAUAAGAUUGAAACACCUUUCAUUGAGAACCCUCCACAAAGUCAAUGCAAAGAACUAUUUGGAGCAGUCUAGAUGAGGGGGUUGUCCACUUGGGGGUUGCAGACAGUUGGUUGUGGGCCACAGUGCCCUUCCUAUAUUGUUAAAUGGGAUGGAAUCCUAGUUAAAUCCCAGCUAUAUGGGAGGAGAGUCCUAGUACUGAAAAGAGCAAGAACCAUUGAUAAGGGUAAAGCAGUUGAAAUGUUCUAACUUUUGUUUACAAUGAUCUGAGCACUUUGUACUGUAGUGUGUUACAUUUUCAUGGUGCUGUACCGAUAUUAAUGAACCUCUUAGCAUUAUUCCAAACCUGAUAUUUGAUUUUGGUGAGAUACCAAACCUUUUCUCCCCUGACCCUCAGUCACAUACAGUACAGAUGGAACAGUUGCUCUAUUGCAUGAUGCACUAGAAAAUAGCGUGCACAAGCACGCCAUGCCUGUUAUUUAUUAAACAAUAUUGCCUUAUCUGCAGUGAUUUCCGAACUCCUCAGUAACCUUUACACUCCUGGGUGCAUUUUAAACUGCAUGAAGUGUGGAACACACUCAUCCCCCAGACUUUGAGUUCCAGCUAUGUGCAAACUGGAAGUAAAGCAGCUGGUACUCACUACUGCCUGCCAAUUUUAGGUUUUCCCACACCAUUACAAAAACCCACAGCACAACAUGUGUCCUUGUUUUUAAGAAGGUUCUCUUCAUUUUAAAUUUAUUAUUUUUUAAAAUGGAGGGACAAAAAAGCCAAAACUUGUUUUGACCGCAGUAGAGCAACUGCAACUCUGGUACCUAAUGAUUCCAUUCACACUUUAUAGUAAGGUUCCAUUCAUAAAUCAUAAAUUACAAAUUAAUAGAUGUUUUAGUAAAUAAUAAAGGAGGUCAGUUUCAUUAUCCCUUUUUAUGGAUGGGGAAAUUGAGGCACAGAGACGGGAACUGACUUGCCCAACAUGACCCAGCAGACCCCAGUGGCAGAGCCAGGAAUAGACUCCUGAGUCUCAGGGGACAAUUCACUAGUCACUAGGCUACAAGGGUUAAUCACUUGUUAUAGAGGCCAAGAGUUUGCUUAUAAUCGUUUGACACAUUCUACUGAUGUGCUGAUAAACAUAUGUAUCUUAUGGCUGCAACAGGCUUAUAACAUCACUGCUCAUGUAUUAACCCUUUUCAAACUAUUUGUAAAUGGAACAUCACUAUGAAGUGUGACCAUGAUUCCUUUAGCUGUGUCCCCCAUCUCUAUUAUAAUAUUUCCUGAUGUGGCACCAUUUCAGGUUUGUUUCUGGUAGCUCAGGUACUUGGUUUACAUACUCAUACUCACACCAACGUCACACAGACAUACCUAAACAAUCAAUAUUUUGGGUUGUCAAAGAGCUGAUAUUACUUUUCUGGGUCUUUUAGGCAUUUGGCCAGAAGGUAUUUGUUUGUUUCUCCCACAGAUUCAACAGCAACUGGAUAAUAUGUGUAAAUAUAAUAUGUAAUGUGCAUUUUCUGAGUGGCCGUGAGAUCUGAUUAUUCAGCUUAAAUAUUUACAGGGGGGUCUGUUCUCCCUGUGAUGCAUGCAGACUGCUCCCAUCAGUGAUUGUUUUAGACUGCAAGCUCUGCAUGGCAAGGACUGUCUGCUUUGUGUCCUGAACAGCACCGAGUUGCUCAGUGCCUAACACCAGAUAUAUCAUAGUGUUAAAUGGGAGUUUUAUGCAUAUGUUUAUGGAAGCUGAGAGGUGGAAAGUGGCAGUAAAGCCAUCUGUAAUAACAGAACCUGAGAUCCUUCCUGUGUAAUAUUCACAAAACAAAUACAGGAACCACCCCUGGCAGAUUAAUUAUGACAACCUCACACUAGUGACUUGCCUAUGGAAAAUUAAAACGCCUGCAAAAUUUGGGGUGUUCCUUCAUCUCACUUUGAUUGUCAGUAUCCACUCUGUUAGAUGUACACUUCAAAUGAAAGUGGUGAAGCUUUGGAUUUGUGACUUAAUCAUUUUAUUCACAAUUGUCAGCUGUAUUUUAUAUAUGUUGAUCAAAGACUGUGGAUGCUAUUUCAUUUCAUUCAGAUAUGUUGCACCCACAUAGUCUCAGCUUCUGCAAUUUGCUUGUUAAUGAAUUAUAAAUCCUAGUGUACUUUUUUUUUUAAAGUAUUGAAAUUAGUACAAAUAAAACUUUGGAAGUUCAUUUUCUCUUGUGUAUUAUGGUGCUGUAUAAAUAAAAACAGAGCCAAGAUGCAAUGUUACAGUUCUCCAUAUUUGUACAAUUGUUUUAACCUGAUGACACUGGGGACAUUAUAUAUUUCUGCUCCUAAGAAAUAAUAAUGUUGAGACAGGCUUAUGUAUGACUGCAUUUUUCUGACCUUGUGUGUGCAUAUGUUUUGAUAUCCUUCAGUUUAUCAAAUUAUUUUACUGUGCACUGCACCCCCGGUGAAGACCAUCUGAUAUGAUCUGAAUAUAUCACUUGUUGUGCUGUCAACCUGUUUUCUUGAAUCUCAUUAUAAUGUAUGUAUUUUGAAUAUCACUCUAUUUGUUAUGGAGUUAAUGGUUUUUUUCAUGCAGUACAGCAUGUCACAAUACAAAUUUUUUGGCUAAUAAACAACAUUUUGGUUA